CCCCCUCCUCGCCCUCAAUGAAUCAGGGAGAGUCUUAGCCGAAAGGAGCUAAUGCCUUUACGGGCGGAUUUUUUUAGGUUUAUCGUGACUUUUGAAUCGUGGUGUGAAACAUACUUUAAAAAUACGAAAGUUUUACAUUGUUACGGAUGACGUUUUACUAGCUCAAGUGGAUUUAACCUGCCUCCGUCUUCCGGAAGAGUUUAGUUUGUCUGAUCGAUCGUAAUGUGGCUCAGGGGCUAAUCCUUGGACUUCAUUCAAUACUAAUUCAUCUCGAAGCGCUUCGUUUUGGACAAGCGGACCUGUUUUAAAGACAACAUACGAGGAUGACGGAGUACAAGCUGGUAGUUGUAGGGGCUGGUGGUGUUGGCAAAAGUGCACUGACCAUCCAGCUCAUUCAAAAUCACUUUGUAGACGAGUAUGAUCCCACUAUUGAGGACUCGUACAGAAAGCAGGUUGUGAUUGAUGGGGAGACGUGUUUAUUAGACAUUCUGGACACUGCAGGUCAGGAAGAGUACAGUGCCAUGAGAGACCAGUAUAUGAGAACGGGAGAGGGGUUUCUUUGUGUAUUUGCCAUCAACAAUGUCAAGUCUUUUGAGGAUGUGCAUCUAUACAGGGAGCAAAUAAACCGUGUCAAAGACAGCGACAACGUCCCAAUGGUACUGGUAGGAAAUAAAAGUGAUUUGGCUUCUCGUAACGUGGAGUCACGUCAAGCCCAGGAGCUCGCCAGAAGUUACGGAGUUCCAUUUGUUGAAACAUCCGCCAAGACACGACAGGGUGUCGAAGAGGCGUUUUACUCUCUUGUGCGGGAAAUUAGAAAAUACAAGGAGACAAACCGCAGCAAUAAGAAGAGUAAAAAUCACAAGCAAAGACGUUGCACUCUUUUAUAACAGUACACACGUAUAGCCUCGCACUGCACCCCUGUGAUAGCAAUGCACUCAAUGUCUCACACACUACUGUAGCAUCACACAUUCAUACACACUUAGUUUGAUUCAGGCUGAUGUGUAGAAACCUGGCUGUGUGUUUGUAUGUAUGCAUGUUUGUUGUAGCGUGGGUGAUUCAUUGAUUCUAAACAUUGAAUUGUUUGGAAAUCUUUUUUUUCCACAGUGAUAUAACAUUAUCCAGUGUUUUGCCAUAAUCCCUUGUAACUAAAAUUUUGGCUGGAUAAAUUGGUCUUGUAAGACUUAAGGUUAUAGUUCUAUAACAGUGCUUUAUAACUACAGCAACAGGAAACAGUGAACUUUUUUUAAUCGAUUUGAGGGUGAAGGGAUAUACUUUAAGCUGGUAAUGGGUAACUGUUUAUUAUGCUCCUCAGAUUCCAUUGCUUAUAGAAAAAAAUCAUUGUUUAUUUUGGAUUGUGGGAGGAGCCUUGCAAAUUAGCAAAAUGUGUUAGCCAAUCAGAGCACCUGCUCUGCACCAGCUUGACAACAUGGUUCUGUUAGUGAUCUUCAGGAAACAAGGAAGCUAAGAAGUCCCCUAAAAUUUACAAAAUGCAGGGAAAGCCCAGAGAAGGUGGUCACUUCUUUUUAAACCACUAACAUGUGUGUUGUAGACCUCAAGAAAAGUGACCUGAAGUUUUCUGGUAUUCAGUAAACUAAACCAGUAAUUUGUCAUUUUCACCUUUAAUCAGAUUCCCACAAAAUGCAUUUGACAGACGUUUUCUUUUUUCAAUUACUUUGUGCCUAGGUUUGUACUUUAGACCGAACUUGAAUGGGCCUUCACUGCUGUCUAAUUUUGUAGUAAUGGAAAUUCAAAUAAAUGAAGCCAAUCCUUUGUAUUUUUAAACAUCUGUAUUUCAUGGAAAAGUCCUGUAAUUUUUCUUAAUAAAAUGAAUAUUGAACCAU